AUGCCUUGUACGACCCUAUCUUUCGUUCUUGCUGCGGCAGCAGCCACCGUUCUCGUUGAUGCCAAGCCAGAAUACGUCGCACGCGUUCCAAAUGGUGCGAACGUGAACGGCGUGGCGGCUUUGGGUCAUGUGAACCCCAGCGGUGGCGGAGCUAACAACGAGUUCGGUCUCAAAUUCCGUAGCGUUGGUGAAACGUGGACCCAGGAUUUGUGCAUGGAUGACUCGGACGGCGACGGCCAGACGAAUGGCCAAGAGCUUGGCGAUCCGUGCUGUGAAUGGGUUCAAGACACGAACGCAGUUCUCCGCCGGACAACGGGACUGUCCCACCCUGGUGACGCACUUUCCAUGUCCGACGCAUCACUGUGGGAAGGUCUGGACUGUAGCAUGACUGGCAUGCCCAACGUGACCGACUCCAACGGGACAACCGACGACGUGGGGGCCAUAUCUCCAGACGAGACGGGCAGUAUUCCGUUAGGACCUGACCAGACAGACGACCCGUUUGCCCCAACAUCGCGUGCGACGUCCCUUGCGGUUCCUGCCAUCUUCUCGACUAUUGCCUUCGGCGCUGGUGUCGCUGCUUUCUUCAUGUAG